CGUCGGAGCGUAGUGCGUGCGUUUUUUCGCUGCUAGUCGGAAAAAGGGUUUCCGAUUCUUUUUCCGCCACAGUUAUUGCCUCUGCGACGCGUAGUGUUCCUGCUCGGCGGCGGUGUGAGGAAGGCACAAAUCCAUCCGAAAACUGUGCUACGCAAGAUUUUUCUCUCCUCAAACACACACUCGUCGACAUCGUCACGCGCGGCGGCCAUCCCGGGUGUGCGGGAAGAAGACACGGGCGAAUCUUGGCAAAUAAAAGUCACCAUCCGCGGCAACCUUUGCGACGGUGUCGUCAACGGAAGCGAACUAGGCUAGGCAAGGGAACGAGAAGCUAGUUCCGGAAAAGAGCACAAGUUUUCGAAGGAACGCGUGUGUGAUACGUAUUGCCGUGAACGUGUGCGUGUGUUUGUGUGUGCGUACGUUCGCCUUGUUUUUCUUCGCCCGACAUCCAAGUAGCACGGAAACGACGACGACGACGACGAAGAAGAAGACGAAGCAACCGCAGUAGAAAUCCGUGCCGCCAUAGCAUCGGCAUUAUUACGAGCAGCGAAUAUCGUGCGCCAAGUGUCCGCUAGAGUCGCAGAGAAGAACGGCAGAUCGAAAAGUGACGAUACUUUAGUCACUCUUCGCACCGCGCGGAACUGGACCCAUCAACAUCGUCGUCACCACCUUCCCGGUCUUAUCGGUCGCAUUGAGAGAAUCGCAACGGGGAAUCGAAUCGAUCCAAAAUGUCGGACCUAGAGUUAUCAAACAUAGAUCAUCUGAUCGCGAUGCUUUUAGAAGUUCGCGGUGCGAGACCAGGAAAAAAUGUUCAGCUGUCAGAGACGGACAUACGGCUGCUAUGCCUGAAGUCGAGGGAAAUUUUCCUCUCGCAGCCGAUACUGCUCGAGCUGGAGGCACCGUUGAAAAUUUGCGGCGAUAUCCAUGGCCAAUAUUAUGACUUGCUACGUUUGUUCGAGUAUGGCAGCUUCCCGCCAGAAUCGAACUACCUGUUCUUGGGGGACUACGUCGAUCGAGGCAAACAGUCCCUGGAGACGAUCUGCCUGCUUUUGGCGUACAAGAUUAAGUAUCCGGAAAACUUUUUCUUGCUUCGCGGGAACCACGAGUGCGCCAGCAUCAACAGAAUAUAUGGCUUCUACGAUGAGUGCAAACGGCGUUACAAUAUCAAGAUGUGGAAGACGUUCACCGAUUGCUUCAACUGUCUGCCGGUGGCGGCCAUCGUGGAUGAGAAGAUUUUCUGCUGUCACGGCGGGCUGAGCCCCGACUUGCAGUCGAUGGAACAGAUCCGCCGCAUCAUGCGGCCGACGGACGUACCGGACCAGGGCCUGCUGUGCGAUCUUCUGUGGUCCGACCCGGACAAGGAUACAAACGGCUACGGCGAGAACGAUCGUGGCGUGAGCUUCACUUUUGGCGUAGAUAUCGUCGGCAAAUUUUUAACCAAGCAUGACUUUGAUCUUAUCUGCCGCGCGCAUCAGGUGGUCGAAGACGGGUACGAGUUCUUCGCCAAGCGCCAACUGGUAACACUCUUCUCCGCUCCCAACUACUGCGGAGAGUUCGACAAUGCCGGUGCAAUGAUGUCCGUCGACGACACGUUGAUGUGCUCGUUCCAAAUCCUGAAGCCAGCCGAUAAACGUAAGUUCCAAUACGGUGGCCUCAACUCCGGACGGCCUGUUACACCACCGCGGAGCUAUAGUAAAAACAAGAAGAAAUAAUUUAUCAAAUAGUUCUACAAGCAAAUAUUUCACAAUACUACAACUAUUGCUACUACAUUACUUCUAUUCACGUACUACCAAAUUGUGCGGCAUCCAUUAUCUGUUCCGUUUGAACCUCUCCCUAUCCGGGCUCCCUCCGACCCUCCCUUCCGGGGACAACUCCCGGAAACUGUCCAACGCUUCCCAACCGUUCCUACCGUCCCCAGUUUCCCGACCCUUUUAAAUCAUUCAAAAAUUUUAUAAGCAAAACUCCGAUCGACUGACAGUCCGAUAUAUGUACGGGCGGGCGUGUAAAGAGUCGCGCGAUGGAUCAAGAGCUAGAAAGAGAGUGAGUCAGGGCUAUUGAGUGAGCUGAAGUGUAACAGAUAGAGGCCGAAUGAAAGCAAAUCCCUCCCGGAAUCAAAUCAAUCAAUCCACAUCUUGAGGAUUCUCACGUACUCACGUCGUACCACCACAACAUAUGGCCGUACCCCCGGGAUCGAGGGCUGCAGAUAAGACUGCAGGUUACAACACAGACGAAAGAAGCAAGUGCCGUGGCGCGCGCACACGCGCGAGGAUCACCGCAAACCGUAAUGGGGGCGCCUCGAUGUGUCUCUAGGAACGAACAGCAUGCCUAUGCUAAUCGCAGCACGGCGGCGCCAGCAUCAUCGCGAUGCUGAGGCAGCGCAAAGGCGAUUCUUGACUGUAGUUUAAUUAGAAGAGGACACUACACUACAGCUGCGUGCAGCGUGUGCAGUGAAGCGAGAAAAUAAACAAACGACGACGAGUGCACAUGCAACGCCAACAACAACAGCACAUGAUAACAGCAAGCCUCGUGGGAGGUUGGUCGGCUGAUAGAAGCGUGUGCGAGAUAGAAUUGCUGAUGAUUGCACAGUUACAGUACCCAGGCAUAGGCUACAUACACUUAAUACACCGACAUACACCCCAUACACUCUCCUUCCCUGACUUGUUGACGUGCAUUGGGACACUAAAUGAAAGCAUAACAAUCUUUUUGAUUACGAUAAUUACCGCGAAAGCACCAGUAACGCAGCUGAUCAAGCAGAGUGGCGUGCACGAGCCUGCGCCGUUGCUCUCUACUCUGGGUAACGCCAGAGUCCAUCUCUGACGAUCUGACAGAGUCUGUUUCGGAUAGAUACACAGUGCAAAACGUGUGAGAGCCGCGCAGCGAUCGUCUCCGACCACGGGCAAGGUGGGAAAACCGAUAUCUCGAUCGAGACAGGACUCGGGUAAAGCGAAACAGAUACAGUAAACGGAGAUGGUCAGGUCGACAGACAGCUGGUUCCAGAGUACCGUAGAACCGUAUAGGAGCAAUAAGGACGUGGCGCGCGGCGCAAAGACUUCCCGUUUCCCAGCCCAAACGAUUCUUGCGUGUCCCUGGCGCUUCAUGCCCCAAUGGACCGGGGUGGGAUUCUCUAAGUUAUUUACCGCGGACGGGGUGAACCCCCAGGGGAAUGCACACACGGUACGCGGUACACUGAAAGUAAACCGUUAAACCUAGAGAGAAAGAGAAGGGCAGAGAGAAGUCUCUGGUCGGGAGAAGGGAACAGUUGGUUGAUUGGUAGUAGUGGUUGGUGGUAGUGGUAGGGACAAGCUGCGCGCCGUAAUUGAUUUAAAAGCAACCAGAAAGAACAACAACAAAAGCAAAACCACAUAAGUAAGAAUCAAAAUUCAAACAGCAUAAAUAAAACUUGUAUCGAUAAAAAACAACAACAACAAUAGAGAAAAGCGACCAUUUUAUCCAUAUUAUUUUGCAUUUUUCAAUCCGCCCCUCCAAGCAUUCACCAGGCCUUCGCCAGGUGGUUGUGUUGUGGAUGGGAUUUAAUAAAG